CCGGGGCAGCCCUGCCGCGCUUUUGACUUUACCCUUAUUUCCACUCCGUCCUCCCUCGAGCUCUGGCUGCUCCUGGACUGCUGUAGCGAUAUUUCCCCUUGGAAGGUGGUGAGGGGGUGGCGCAGCAGCCGUGGCCAGGCCGCGGGGUACUCCAGCUUUGGUCCGCACCAUUGUCCUGGCUCGCACCAUGCCCUGUGUCCCUCAUGUUGCGCUUCACUGCCGAGGGAGUGGUUUUUGAAAUAACGCGUGAACAUUGCCUGCAGAAAAAGGGGAAAGAAACGAGGCCGGGAGGAAGAGAGCCCACUCAGCUGCUGAGUGGGGCAGCGGCAGUCUGGGGUUAACAAACCGUGAAGGAAGAAUAAGGGAAUCCUGAAGCAGCAGCCAACUGUUUGCUCCUGGACUUUGUCCAAGGGGAUUGUUUGCACACCAGUGCUCUCUCCUACCAGUGGGAGACCAUGGAAGGGAAGGACACAUCACCAAGUCAUACCUCGGAGAGCACCAUAUUGGACCUCCCCUCUGUUUGUGACCUAGCAGAGCACUUUCCACCUCCACACAGCUCGGAAAACAGCGAGGAGCUUUAUCCUUCUGGGGAUGUUUUUCCCUCUCAAUCCACAGGUGCCAGCACAGUUCCAGUGGAAAAAGACCAUACUGAAGAAACGGUAACCAGGUGCAUAGUGGAGGUUCUGUCCAACGCUCUGUCUAAGCCAAAUGCACCCCCCAUUAAUCCUGAAUGCAAAGAAAUCCUGAAGAAGAGUGAUAAAAAUGACAGAGAGAGAAGUGAAAACAAACAGCAUGAAGUUAGGCAUUCCAAAGACCCAGCAGAGACCGAAAAACAUCCUACUGAGAGCGUGGAGGAAGAACAAAGGCAGGCAGAAGAGGAAUCUAAAAAGUACAUGGAAGGAGGUGAUGAGAAACUUGCUCUCACGAGCAAGGAAGGCAAAAGCAAGGAAGAGGAGGCCGGACACCACACACCUGCUCAGGAUGAGACACUUCACAUGGAAGAAAAAAAGUACUACCAGGAAACUGGGAGAGAGGAGGAGAGGAAUUACCACAGUGAAGAGGAAAGCAAAGACAGCAAGUGUUGUGAAGAUGUAGAGGCUGCUGUUCUCACCAAGAAGUCCCACUCUGAGGGCAUGAACAUGGAUGAGUUGCGUGGUGGGAGUUAUCAGAGCCCCAGGGGCCACUGGCACCUGGAGGAGGGAAUGCAGAGCCCUUACAAACAAAUUCGGGAAGGUGAAGAGGGAGAGGGAGAAAGGAGUGAGAAAUACCACCAUGAGUCUCAGGAACGUGGUUUCUCCAACCAGCAGGAGCAUGAAGAAUCUGAGGAGAGUGAAGAAAGAGAGGAGGGAAAGGAACCCUACAAACCAAAAGGUUCUCAUGGGAAGCACAGAGCGGGUGACUCCUAUGUAGAGAAGAGAGGCCACGGUGGUGAGAGGGGGGAGCCAGCUGGGGUAUCACACCUAAGGGAGACCAAUCUCUGGGAGCAGUGGAAGCAUGGUCAGAAACAUCAGGAAGAGUCUGAGGAGAAGAGUGGCUCUCCUGGGAGGCGUGGGCCUGAGGAGCUGCAGGAGGAGAGGCCUGCAGAGCAGGGCAGUGAGGAGCACAGGGACAGCUGGCAGCAGAGCCAGGAGAGCAGGGAAGAGGAAAACAAGAGGCGUCACCGCAGUGAGAAAUGGCCUGAGGAGAGGAGGCACCAUGAUGGAUCACAGAGUUCUGAGGGGAGGAUGUACCUUGCUGAUGAAAAUGAGGAAGAGAUGGACAGGUAUCUCAGCAAGGAAAAGCAGCGGCGUCUGGGAGGGAAAUCCCACUCAGGGAACAGGGAAGAGGAAGGGUCACAAAGGGCCUAUGCUCAAGAGCACCAGGGGCAGGCCAGGAGGCACUACAGCACUGAGGACAGCCUGGAAGAGGAGGAGGAAGUGGAAAAGAAGCAUCACAGCAGUGAUCAGGUGGAAAAUGAAGAGAAGGAAAGAUUUGCAGAGCGAGAAGAGUACAGAGGCCAUCUCCCUGCAGAGAAAGAGAAGAGAACUGCAGCACCCUACAGGCCUUUCUACCCACUGCUGUGGUGGAAAAGUCGGCACUUGGACAAAAGGGAUGGUGCAGGGGAGCAGCUUCUGGAGGGCAGGGCAGAAGGCAGGCCUGCUCUGAGUGAGAAGAGUAUUUUCCCUGAAUACAGUGACUAUGAGCGCUGGUCAGAAAAGCAAAUCCAGAGCGCUUUGAACCAUGGGCACACCGCGAAGAGGAAUCCUGGCAAAACAAACAGGUACGAUGUGGAAAGGCAGUACAAGAAGAUGGAUCAACUUGCACAACUUCUGAACUACAGGAAGAAGUCAGCUGAACUCCCAGAGCUGUACAGCUCUGGAGAAGACCUGAAGAAACAUCACGUAGCUGGGAAUGACAGAAGGAGCCUAAGCCAGAGGCCCCUCACAGAAGAGGAGGAAAAGCAGCUGGAAAACUUGGCCACCAUGGAUCUGGAGCUGCAGAACAUAGCAGAGAAGAUUAACAGCCUCAGGAGAGGCUGAAGGUGUCCUUGUAAUACCUGUGUUCUGUGGUAAAUUCACUGCCCCUGGAUUGUUUGCCCUAAACCCAGGAAAUUCUAUUCACUGUCCAUUCUCGUGUAGUGAUUUACACAGCUCAAAGUGUCUUUAAUUUGCUGUUAUGCUCCUGAGACCUGAAUGGCAUGAAUUUUAGUAAUAUAACCUUUCAUGUGGGCAGGUAUUUUUAAUAUGCUUUUGGAGAUAAUUGUGUUAGUGUUCUUCAGGAAUAUAUUUGAGUUUGCAAUAAUAAAAAUCAUUGAUCUUGGACCAAA